AUGCAUAAAAGCAGAGAGCAACCAUCCCAGUUGACGGUAGACUUCAGAUCUAAGUAAAACUUUCUCUCCAAAUCGCUCACCCCUGCCGUCGUACUCGUGUAGUAUCAUGAGAAGGUACAGCCCACCAUACUAUAGCCCUCCCAGGAGAGGAUACGGAGGUAGAGGAAGAAGCCCUCCAAGAAGGGGAUAUGGUGGUGGUGGCGGAGGUUAUGGAAGACGCAAGGAGCAGAACCAUGGAAGCCUUUUGGUUCGAAAUAUUCCUCUUGAUUGCAGGCCAGAAGAACUUCGAAUUCCAUUUGAGAGAUUCGGGCUUGUUAGGGAUGUUUACAUUCCCAAGGAUUAUUACACUGGUGAACCUCGAGGGUUUGCUUUUGUGCAAUUUGUGGAUCCUUAUGAUGCCGCAGAAGCUCAGCAUCACAUGAAUGGGAAGCGCUUUGCUGGGAGGGAAAUAUCUGUUGUUGUUGCUGCAGAGACAAGGAAAAGGCCAGAGGAGAUGCGCCACAGAGCUAGGGUCAGUGGAGGAUCAAGCUAUGAUGGACCAAGAUCAUCUUAUUAUGGACGUUCUCGGUCACGUUCAGUAUCCCGUUCACGCUCCCCUCGACAUCCUCAAGGUUCUAGAGGUCGAUAUCGCUCAAGGUCCUACUCUCCUGUCCCAAGACAACAUGAACAUUACUCUGUUUCCCCAAGGAGAAGACACGCUGAACACCCAAGGUCACCUAGAGGUCCUCCACAAGAGCGAGUUGUUGAAUACACUCGCAGGUCAUAUUCUCCUGCUUAUGACGAUGCUGCUGAUCGGAACCAUGGCAAUGAUUAUGUCGAGAAAUCUGCCUAUGAGGAGGGGUCCAGGGCUCAUUGGAGGGCUCCACCAGGUGGCGGAGCAUCAAGGUCACCCUCUGGUUCUAGAUCUAGAUCUGCUGAUUUGUCGCCUAGACGCAGUAGAUAAUAUAAGGCAUUAAGACGAAGACAUAUUUGGAGACUGGCUUUUAGAUUUUAGUUCUGAUAUUUUAGCUCUUUUCAGGUUGUCAAGAAGCAGUUUGUAGCAUUUUCUCCCCCAAAUUUAUGCCUCUUGCAGACAGUGAAAGCCGCAGUAAUAGGCUUGAUUAUAUUUGUGUGGAAGAAACUGUAACCAAUUGCACCAGUAUCGCCGAAGUCUUUGAU